CAAAUAUAGUCUCAGAAGGUCCACCGCCUUUCCUCGUCCUUUGCAGUUUGCAUCCAAACCAAAAUCUAUUUUUGUGCAGAAUGCUUACUCCAAUUUCUUUGGAAUUUCAAUCUGUUUCUCCUGGAAUUCAUUUAUUAGUAGAAAUCUCAAUAGCAGGCCUUCUGAAAGUGGGUUUUUUUAUCUUGGUUUCUUUGGGGCAUUUUCACAAACACACAGUUGAUGUUAAGAAAUCCUACUCAUUCUAAACUCAGCUACAAAAGUACAUAUUUUAUUGUCAACAAAAUGUUUUCCUAAUCCCCGCAUUACUAAUUCCGGCAUUACAAUUCUUGCAUAAAGAAGCAAUGUGGAGUCAUCAUCACCAUCUACUUUACUUCUGUGGCUAUGUCUUUGAUUAGAAAAUGCUUAAUAACUCCUGCUAAACCAUCAUCCAUUACGCUUCUAAAUUUGUUGAGAGCGAGCAGAUCGAUAAAACACCUUGAACAAGUUCACACCCACAUAAUCCAAAAGGGUUAUGAACAAGAUCAUUUCAUCAUCAACCAGUUUAUUUCCCUCUGUAAUGUGUUUUCGUCCGAUGUCUCUUAUGCUACUAUUGUGUUUGAGCAUGUUAUUCAGCCCAAUGUUUAUGUAUGGAAUACAUUGAUUAAAGGGUACAGCAAAAAAUCAUCUCUUGUUGAUUGCUUUGUAAUCUUGAAACAAAUGAAAAGAAGUAUGAAUGUGAUUCCUGAUGAAUUUACUUUUCCUUCGCUGGUCAAAUCUUGUACUAAUGUGUUGGCGUUGAGGGAAGGUCAGAUAAUUCAUGGAUUAAUAGUGAGAUAUGGAACUGAUAGUAAUGUGUUUGUAGGAUCUAGCUUGAUUGAUCUUUAUGGGAAGUGCAAAGAGAUUGAAUACGCACGGAAAAUCUUUGAUGAAAUUCCUAUAAAGAAUGAGGUUAUGUGGACUGCGAUGAUCAUUGGCUAUGUAUAUGUUGAUGAUUUAUUAGAAGCAAGGAAGUUAUUCGAUGAAAUGCCACAGAGAAAUGUAGCUUCGUGGAAUGUAAUGAUUAGGGCAUUUGUGAAGUUUGGUGAUUUGUGUGGAGCGAAGAAAUUGUUUGAUAGUAUGCCUGACAAGGAUGUGGUGUCUUUUACUACUAUGAUUGAUGGUUAUGCUAAGGCUGGUGACAUGGCAUCAGCGAGGUUCCUGUUUGAUCGGUCUUCUGAUAAGGACAUAAUUUCGUGGUCUGCUUUGAUGUCUGGGUAUGCUCAGAACGGGCAGCCCAAUGAAGCUAUCAAAACUUUCCACGAAAUGUUGUCGAUGAAUGUUAGGCCAGAUGAGUUUAUAAUGGUAAGUUUGAUGUGUGCGUGUUCCCAGUUAGGUCGUUUGGACCUGGCAAAUUGGGUAGAACAUUAUAUGAGCCAAAAUUCAUUUGAUCCUAAUCGAGUACAUAUAGCUGCAGCCCUUGUGGACAUGAAUGCUAAGUGUGGGAAUAUGGAAAGGGCAAAAAUGUUGUUUGAGGGGAUGCCUAAGCGUGAUCUAGUAUCAUAUUGUUCAAUGAUACAAGGCCUGUCUAUUCAUGGUUGCGGUUCUCAGGCUGUAGAUUUCUUCGAUAGGAUGCUGAAUGAAGGGCUUGUGCCUGAUGAUGUUUCCCUAAAGAUAAUUCUCACAGCUUGUAGUCGUUCAGAACUUGUAAAGGAAGGUUUCCGGAUCUUUAAUCUAAUGACAAACAAGUAUUCUGUCAAGCUAUCUCCGGAUCAUUAUGCAUGCGUAGUAGACCUUCUUGGAAGAUCAGGAAAACUUAAAGAUGCGUAUGAACUUAUAAAGUCGAUGCCUGUUGAACCUCAUGCUGGUGCCUGGGGUGCCCUUCUUGGGGCUUGUAAGCUACACUGUGACAUUGAGUUAGGGGAGGAGAUAUCCAAUAGACUUUUUGAACUUGAGCCUCAAAAUACUGGUAAUUAUGUGCUUUUGUCAGACAUCUAUGCUGCAGCAAAUCAGUGGUUAGAUGUUGCUCUGUUGCGUCAAAAAAUGAGUGAGAAGGGUCUUAGGAAGAUACCUGGUUGCAGUUGGGUAUGGAACAAUCCUUAAAACUUUUUCCUAUUACUGUUCAUAUCUUCAUGUCCCAUCAUCAUUUUGGUUUUAACGGGUUUUCCCCUUCAAUGAAAAAUUAAUCUUAUUGCUUUAUGGAAGUGUUUCGUAAGAAGGAAAUCACCCAUAAUCUAAAUUACUAUUCCGUUAGCAGCACAACCAUUGUUGAACAAACGAUACUUCAUCAACAAAGACUUAGACGUAGAAGUUGG